CCCUUAACAUUUGCAUUUCCUGUACAUUUAUUUGCUGUGCGGUGUGUCUCUUUUUCUACGUACAGUAUGGCCUUGUUGCCAUUUUUGUCUUUCUUUGAACGGAAGAAAUUAAGCGGCUUAAUUGCUUCACUGAUACGAUUUCUAGAAUUUCGGAACAAAUAUAGAGUCAGUCACGUACGCGCGCUUGGGCAAUAUUUGCCAACCAAAUACAAAGCAACUUUCAUUGUUGUUGGAUAUCACAAUCCCGCAUAGAUUAUUGUUUAUCCCUUAUGUUUUUUAUGCGCUUUAUUUUUAACGCCCUAUUAAACACGUUUUGCAUUGCUUAUUUUGUCAAGCGGGGACUCGUGCUUGGCAGCAGGUGCUGAGGCCAGAGGCGAACAGCACCCGUUUGCCAACGAAUCAUUGUCCAUUGUGCAACACGUUAUUACAACGCUUCGCCAAUGGGAACUGGAGUUAUGUGCGCUGUUGUCCAAUCGGAGCUGAGCUGGGUAGAAUCUUUGGAUGCAUCCGCUUUGCCACAUUAAUUCACUCGGCAUGCGGAACGGGCGAUGCUCAGAAUUUUGGACAUUUUGACCAGUUUCAACUGCAGCAGACUCUGGCGUAGCAACAAUUUAGUCGUGAUUUGGCCGAGAAUCUUGCCACGAAAGACCCGGUGGGAAUUGUGAUGAAUUCCUGACUGCUGCUGCUGCUGCUGCGGAUCUGAGGCCGACCUUCUCCCACGUCCACGGGCGUCGCAGCUGUAAGGGAAUGCGACGAGACUUUUUGGCGCAGAAAUAGAAAAGGAGACAUCAUGAAGGAGAAAUCGAAAAACGCCGCCCGGACACGACGGGAAAAGGAGAAUAGCGAAUUUUAUGAACUGGCCAAACUGUUGCCGCUGCCCUCGGCCAUCACGUCCCAGCUGGAUAAAGCCUCAAUCAUCCGCUUGACCACAAGCUACCUCAAAAUGAGGAUCGUUUUUCCUGAAGGACUUGGUGAGUCAUGGGGCCAUGUGAGCCGGAGCUCUCUGGAUGGGGUCAGCCAGGAAUUAGGCUCCCACCUCUUACAGACAUUGGAUGGCUUUAUUUUUGUGGUUGCUCCAGAUGGGAAAAUAAUGUACAUAUCGGAAACGGCCUCGGUGCAUUUGGGUCUGUCUCAGGUUGGUUUAACAAAGGUGGAGUUGACAGGAAACAGCAUCUUUGAAUACAUUCAUCCGGCAGACCAUGAUGAAAUGACAGCUGUCCUCACAGCACACCAGCCUUACCAUUCACACUUUGUCCAAGAAUAUGAGAUGGAGCGGUCAUUCUUUCUGAGAAUGAAAUGCGUCCUCGCAAAGCGGAAUGCUGGGCUUACGUGUGGCGGUUACAAGGUCAUUCACUGCAGUGGCUACUUGAAAAUCCGCCAGUACAGUCUGGACAUGUCUCCAUUUGACGGCUGCUAUCAGAACGUUGGGCUGGUGGCCGUCGGUCACUCAUUGCCACCCAGUGCGGUGACAGAGAUCAAACUGCAUAGCAACAUGUUCAUGUUUAGAGCCAGCCUGGACAUGAAGCUCAUCUUCCUGGACUCGCGGGUUGCAGAGCUUACAGGCUAUGAGCCACAAGAUCUAAUAGAGAAGACCCUCUAUCAUCAUGUCCACAGCUGUGACUCCUUCCAUCUGCGCUGUGCACAUCACUUAUUGCUCGUGAAAGGGCAAGUCACCACUCGGUACUACCGUUUCUUGGCCAAACAUGGUGGCUGGGUGUGGGUUCAGAGUUAUGCAACCAUCGUACACAACAGUCGCUCCUCCAGACCUCACUGCAUCGUCAGCGUCAAUUACGUUCUCACGAAUACGGAGUGUAAAGGAUUCCAGCUCUCUCUGGAUCAGGUCAUGUCCAAGGCCUCUUUCCCGUUCAGCAGCAAUACAGCAAGCUGUCUUACCGAUUCAGGGAGAGCCAAUAAAAGCAGAGUGUCCCGACCCAAAACCAAAGCUAGACUUUCACCAUAUAGCCAGUAUCCAAGUUUUCAGGCAGAGCGAUCGGAUUCAGAUCAGGAUAGUCCCUGGAGGGGAAGCCCUCUGAAUGACACAACCUCCCCACAGUUGCAGGAGACGAAUGAAGGCACGGACGCCUCCUGCGUUUACAAACGCUUUACUGAUCCUGGUCCGCUGUGCUACAGUGUGUCCGAAGGGCAGCACCAUAGCGGCGAUGGUCACAAACACGUCCAUGUGCAUGCUCAAGGUCAAAGUUGUGAGCGGGGUCGAUGUGAGGCAGGGCGAUAUUUUCUUGGAGCGCCUCCUCCCAGCAGGGACACAUGGUGGAGCACAACAAGGGCAAUUUUGCCCUUAAGCAAAGUCUCAUUGGAAAACCGUGAAGGAUGUGAUGGCAGCAUGCCACAUAUUACGGCAGUCCACAGUUAUGACGGUCGGAAUCAAUGGGAUGAGGACAGUGUGGUGAGCUCUCCAGAUCGAGGUUCCACCAGUGACUCAGGAGAUCGCCAGCGAACUGACCAGUUCAGGUUCAGCCCGCAGGAAAGCAGCAAAAUGGAAACACUUAUACGGGCAACACAGCAUAUGAUUAAGGAGGAAGAAAGUCGACUUCAGCUACGAAAGGUUCAUCCAGACACUCCACUGGGGCAGGCCAAUGGACUAUUGAACAGCACCAGUCUUUGCUGUACCUCAGAGUACACCCAAAGGCCAAUACAGGCUGUGGUGUGUCGCGGUUUGAGUCACGUGAUUAGCCCGGUGCACAGCCCCGCCCACUUGUCAAGGCGAAGUCCAGGGUCGGAAAGCCUGAAAAAGUCCAAAGACUAUCUCCAGACAGACAUGGGCCCGCGUUCUUUACAAUUACAUUACCCGUUUGUUCGACCAGGCCCAUGUUCAGAUUCUCCCACCCCGGCCCCAGCUCUGUACCCACCUCACACCCAUUUUCGGCCAUACUUGGAGAAGAAUACGCCGUACCCCCGAACAGGCUAUGCUCUUGAGCACCUCUACGACCAGGAGAGCCUCCGAGGCUACUGCACGUCUGCGAGCACGGAUAUGACCCCUCACCUCCGCAUGCCGGCAGAACAGACACCCGGACACAAAGGCACCUCUGUCAUUAUCACCAAUGGCAGCUAACAAUCAUUUUACACAUGCACUGGGACUGAUGUCAACAAGCCCCCGUGGCUGGCCUGUUAGCCCCCAUUAAACAUCACUAUUUUGAUUCAGGCCCCACUAAAUGACUUUUGAGUCCAGUAUUUGUCACAUUUCAGAGUUAAGGUUUAGAACACUUAACCCGUUAUUACCUAAUCAAAGAGUAACUGUCAUAAUAAUAUUCAAUAUGCCAAUAACAAGAACUCGCACGCGACUGUUAGACCACACUUUUGAAUCCCGCUGCACAUCGAGUGACACGACCCAAUGCGAAUGAGCUGUAGCACAGUGUGAGAAUCUGAAAGUAAUUUUCAUCAUUGGCAGAACAUUGGCAACGAGUUUUGCCACGAUUCGAAAUUUAAAUUGCUGAUGAACAGUGUUGCAAUGUCACAGAUUUAAUGGUCAGAAAUUCCACAUUGUAUCACAUGAUCUAUCACACAGCUGUAUACCAUUACAGUAAAUGCAAUAUAUAUGUCUGAAAAGCAAAGCGUGGAGAGUAUCUGUCACUUAAAAUGCACAAGUGCAGCCAAUACCCUCUCAAAAAUCCACACCCUGUCUUCUGUUGUUUGCAUUUCCUCUCUUUGUCUUAUGUUCUAUAUGGUAGCUGGAGCGUUCAGGCAAUCAGUUUCUUCCUUGACAAUCGCAUCAUGUUGUUUGGGGUUCAGAAGAAAUAAUACAGUACUGUAUUUUAUUGUGGAGCUUCAAAAACGUUGUUUCCUGAUCACACCACUAAAUCGCACCGUUUUCCGUUCCAACGUGUCAGCAGAUAAUUAGGAAGGGCGUAAGUAGUUUGCAAAUUUUCAGUUCAGUUGUGCUCGGUCACAUCACUCAGUGUGCGACCCUAAUAAAGAUUUAAUGGCCAUUUUUUGCACCGAGCUUCAAACUGUCCUUCAAGUACAGUACAGCACUGACCCAUAAAUAGUCAUACAUAUUAUCUUUUUUUUUCUCAGAUACUCUACUGCUAAAUCAAAGAUGUAAAACUAUUUGGUUUCUCGUCGACUGGACUCGAAAGUUCACAUAUCUAAGUGAAUUUUGCCCUUUUUUGGUUGGGGGAUGAAGGCAUUGGGUUGUGCAAACCAUGCGAGUGAAUUUACAAGUUUGCUUAUGAUCAACCAGCAGCUAAAAUGCCGAAGUAUGGAACUGAACUAACAUUUUUAAACAUAAAACAUCCAUCCAUCCAUUUUCUGAUCCUCUUCUCCUCACAAGGGUCGUAGCCAUGCUGGAGCCUAUCGCAGCUUUCUAUGGGCAGUAGGCAAGGGACCCCCUGAAUUGGUUGCCAGCCAGUGCGCUGAAAAUGCACCCGGUUCAUUGGUCAGCUGUCAAUCACUUGCCACUACAUCGAAAAUCUUUCUUUGGCCUGCACAUCUCUACAUGUUAACCACAAAAAAAAAACAUCUGCUGGAAGCUUCUGGUACCUGGAAUAUAUCCCACUAAGUUGUUUCAUUGCUUUACUGCUCUCUGACGAGAAGCUUGCGAAUGAACACGGCCCACGGAGCCGCCGCCACGGACAAGAAGCGGGCGAGUCCGCUGCGUCACCUCGCUUGGCGUUGUAUUCGUGUGGAGGUGCACAUAAUGAAGAUGCUUCAGGAAAAGUCAAACUGUCAUGAACACAGGGGCACUCGUCAUUCAACCUGUGGCUCACGCGAUAUGAUAUGAUAUGAUAUGAUAAAUUUGAGCACAUAGAGUACUUCUUUACAUAGAGUAUCGCUUUGCAUAACACAAAUUAUGCAAAACAUUAACUUUUUAGAGAACAACACCAAACUAUUUGGUCAAUUGUGGUUUCCAAGGAAUUUGCAUUUACAAGGUGUUGACAUUGUUAGCUUGCUAACUGUGCACUGUAGUGGUAGAAAUUAGCCUCUAGAGUGUAACGGGGGACUCAUGACGGUUUCGUAACUACGUGACUGGCCAGUUCAAAUUCUUACACAGUGAGGGAGGGGUGACUCAUGCCAGAUUGCCAAGUGUGACAUUGGGUACCAUUUGAGCCAUGCCACAAAAUGCCAAAAACUGAAAUGAUGAAAAAAAAUUUUAAUGCUCCAUUUUCCACAAUUCACUCCCGGUCCUACGGCGUUCUCAGCGUUUGGACAUAUUUUCAGCAAUUAUCCUCGAACAUGUUUAAUGUAUUUUUUUGGGGGG